CUGCAUGCCCUCACAGAUAUUCAAUUUUAGUGAAGCAGACAUAUCUGACUUUUUCAUGGAAAAGGAAUUUAAUCUGAAAACAUAUGAGCCUGACCAGCAAGAGGAAACAGCUGCAUGCUUCAAUCAAGACCUCUCCUGGGCUCUGUCUGAAACCACUCAGGACCUUCUGACUGACCUUCACUCAGAGGAUCCAGCAGCCACAGGCUCAGGGGAUUUAGAGCCGGGUCAGCAGGACUUCUCCCUCCUCACCCCUGUGUGCAGCUCAAUUUUCCCCUCACAGCUUCACUUCCCUGGUAGCUCUCUGACCCCCAGCACAACCUGCGACCUCAUAACCACAUCUGCUCCUUCUGACAACACCAAUGAGUGCUCCCUCCAAGCCCAAUUACAGAUGGAUGUCAAGAGCACCUCAGCCUGGCUUGAACAAUACAACAUGGGCCUUUGCUUGAAAGAGGAUUUGGAAACACAUAGAGCCUCCACUGGCCUUCUACCUACUAAAGCACCAGAAGCGACUUUUACAUCAGAGGAUAAGAGGCCUUCUUUUGUUCUGGGCCAACCAUACUCCAACAGUCUGGUUAACUUCAUGGACUUCACUGCAAAAAAGAAAGGCGACAGCAGCGAUGGCAAACAGGCAGACAAAGAGGAGCCCGCGGGUUGGAGCAGUUUGGGGAAAGGUUCACAAGGUGCCAUAAGAAGUGGGAGAACGCUACGGAAAGGGAAACGAGUGAAGAGAGCAUGA